AAAGGUAGUGGUUCUUUUUCGUUUACGUGAAUAUAAAUUUUUUUUGAUUGCCACAAAUAAUUGCAAAUGCAAUACAAUAAAUGAAAAUAUGCCAGGCGUCACAGUGAAGGAUAUUGACCAACAUGCCGUUACUAAGGCGGUCGCCGUCUUCCUCAAGAAGACUGGCAAAUUGAAGGUGCCCGAUCAAAUGGACAUCAUCAAGACGGCCAAAUUCAAGGAGCUGGCACCUUACGAUCCCGAUUGGUUCUAUGUGCGUUGCGCCUCGAUUCUGCGUCACUUGUACCAUCGCAGUCCAGCUGGCGUUGGCUCGAUUACCAAGAUCUAUGGCGGUCGCAAGCGCAACGGCGUCCAUCCGUCUCACUUUUGCCGUGCCGCUGAUGGGGCUGCACGCAAGGCGCUGCAGGCUCUCGAGCAUGCCCGCCUCGUCGAGAAGCAUCCGGACGGUGGCCGCAAACUGAGCUCGAUUGGACAGCGUGAUUUGGAUCGCAUUGCCAACCAGAUUGUUGCCAAGCAGCGUGACGCCGCCAAGCAGACGGGCCCCAUUGUUAUUUCCAAGUAAAAGCGGAUGAUGAUGAUGAUAUGUACACGAUUGUCUUGUGUCUUCUUUUUAAGCGGGCAUUAAACACACUUUUUUCUAGGCUUC